AGAGGAAAAAAAACAGAAGCACGGCAACUAGUUGCUUGGGCAGUGUGGGCAAGGCAUCUUGAUGGAAUUUUCCCCAAGUCUGCCUCUCAUUGGUGAUCCUGAUUCCGGACCGUCAGGGUAUCACACAGCCAGUCAGGGCCACCAACCUGCAGCCAGCCACAAUAACUUACUCACUCUCAAUCUUCAGCUUUGCUUGCUUGCUUGCGCUGGAUACAAUUAAUUGUUAAUAUCUGAUGCACUCCUCAUAUUUAGAAUCUAAAGUCGCGCCGUCACUACUUCUAUAUAUUUCGUACCCAUUUUUGUUGGAUAUCAUUACUAACAUUCAUUUCUUUGAUAUAGGCCACCGCAUCUAGCAAGCACAAUGAAUCAACAUUCCCCCACGUCGUCAUCCGGACCUGAAGACGCCGCCGAAAAUACUGCUGAAGAGGAAGAUUCCGAGGAUUAUUGUAAAGGAGGAUAUCACCCCGUUCAAAUUGGCGAGAAGUUCAAGGAUGGAAAAUAUACGGUUGUGCGAAAACUGGGAUGGGGCCACUUCUCAACCGUCUGGUUAUCGCGAGACAACACAAACGGUAAACACGUCGCGUUGAAGGUUGUGCGAUCCGCUAGUCACUACACCGAGACCGCCAUCGACGAGAUCAAGCUACUCCAGAAAAUCGUUCAAGCCAACCCCAACCACCCCGGCCGAAAAUAUGUCGUCAGUCUUCUCGACUCAUUCGAACAUAAGGGACCCAACGGCGUGCACGUAUGCAUGGUGUUCGAGGUUCUCGGAGAAAAUCUUCUAGGAUUAAUAAAGAAGUGGCAACAUCGGGGUAUCCCUCGGGAUCUCGUUAUGCAGAUUACGAAGCAGGUAUUAAUGGGCUUGGAUUAUCUGCAUCGGGAAUGCGGUAUCAUCCACACAGAUCUCAAACCAGAAAACGUAUUGAUAGAGAUCGGCGAUGUCGAGCAAGUGGUCAAGAAGGUAGUCAAGAACGAGAAUUCGGACAAGGAGAAUAACAGGAAUGGGCGGCGACGAAGACGGACUCUCAUUACCGGAAGUCAACCGCUACCAUCUCCCCUAAACGCCAACUUCAAUCGCGAUAAUCUAUUCCCGUCGACCAAAUCGCACAGCAGCCUUAAUGCCAUGUUACACGAUGCAGCAGCCACACCGGGCUCUUCCACAAGUGAUAAGCAAGGUCAGCGAGAGAAGACAGCGGACCUCCUCACUAGGGAGGUGUCUGGGAUCUCGCUGGACAAGUCCACUACAGGUGGCGCGGCAUCAGCGGGCGAGAAGAGGAAACGAAAACGCAGAGGCCCCAUCAUCAACGUCAAGAUUGCGGAUUUAGGAAAUGCCUGCUGGGUCUCCCAUCACUUCACAAACGAUAUUCAGACGCGGCAAUAUCGAUCACCUGAGGUUAUUCUCGGUGCGAAAUGGGGUGCGAGCACCGACGUGUGGAGCAUGGCUGCGAUGGUUUUCGAGUUAAUUACCGGCGACUAUCUUUUUGACCCCCAAUCUGGGACUAAGUAUGGGAAGGACGACGAUCAUAUCGCACAGAUCAUCGAGCUUCUGGGACCCUUCCCCAAAGAUCUUUGGAAGACUGGCCGUUGGUCCCAGGAAAUCUUUAACAAGAGAGGGGAACUUCGCAACAUUCACCGCCUCCGACAUUGGGCAUUACCUGACGUCCUUCGCGAGAAGUAUCACUUUAAAGAUAUGAAGGACCUACCUCCGAAUCAGCGAGAAGACAAAGAGAAGACUCGGAGGGAACGAGCUGAGGCCAAGGCCAAGGCUAAAAUGGAAGCGAGGAAGAAUGGAGAGGAUGAGGACGCUGUGGAGGAUCUCUUUCCCGACGACGAAGCGACUCUAGAAUAUCAACCCUCCGAAGUCUCCGAGUUUCUGCUGCCGAUGCUCGAACUCUUACCGGAAAAACGAGCGAAUGCCGGCGGCAUGUCGAAUCACCCAUGGCUAGACGAUACUCCGGGCAUGGAAGAUAUUAAACUUGAGGGGCUGGUGCCCGGAAGCCGGGGCGAUGGAAUUGAAGGUUGGGCUAAUGAGGUGAAGAAGCGAUAGGGACAUUCGAGCCUAUUACUAGCUAUCGAUGACUGUGGUAAUAAGAACCCGCGAGGUUAAAGCUAUGGAGAUAGUUUAUCUGAGCUAUUGGAGAAGACAUGAACAAGACCGGUCCUUCCUUUUUGCCGAGGAAAGAGAAAGAAAGAAAGAGAAGAAUCUAACAUAGAACGGACUUCGAUCAACGAUUUACGAUCCCGAUCGUGGAGGUCGAACAGAGCAAGAGAUCCAAGAGAUGAAGAUCGAUGAUAACAAGAACAUUGAAGGCUUUUUUUCCCCUAGGAGUGAUGAAUAGUGUUUACUGUAGAACCAGGUCCGAGGAUUUGGCCCCUUUUCUCUUCUCCUUUCCCUAUAUUUUUUAAAAACUUUCAUCUUCCCCCUAAUGUUUGUUGAGUUGAUGAGUGAGUUAUCGUGGCGCGUAAGUAUGAAGAAUAGGUAAUGGAAUUUAGGCAGUGGAUAAAACGACGAUACAUGACUGCU